AUGACAAUGCAUGUCCGUGUUGUUCUGUUAUUAAUAUUCGCAGCUUUAGGCACCUGUAGUAAGAGUUACCGAGAUCGAAUCCCCAAUGGGCACAACGUUCUAGAUCCAUGCGAUCAUUCAGUCACAUGGCCUGCGGUCGGCCAUGAUAGUCGUCACCCGCAUCACCACAUCAAACACCACCUCCUACAAUUCGGCUUGGAUUUUCAUGCUGCGGGAAAACGGUGGACUGGAGCCCUGUGUAGACAGGAUUCUGACGGAGACGGCAGGACAAACGGGGAGGAGCUGGGUGACCCGUCCUGUCAGUGGUCUGUUGGAGACACCCCUUCCCAUAGGGUUUCAGGACAUCCUGGUUUCAACGAACACACGUACUGCCAAGGUCUGGUUGGUUAGCCAUGUUACUUUAAUAUUGCAUAUAAAUUAAACACCGAAUAACGCCA